UAUGCCAGGAAGACGCAGGAAAGGGGAAGUGAGCAAGGUAGCAUUGGAGAAAAUCUUGACCAUCACAGAGACCUAGACACAUUUCUCCAUCCAGGCUAUAAGAGGGUUCUUCCUAAGAAAAUGCUCCAUCUGAAGACUAGGGUGCAUCAUCCCUUAGAGAAGGGACCUGCUGAAAGGGGAGUGAAUGAGCAGAAGACUUGGCCUGAGGAAACAGGAGUCUCUUCUGAGUCUUACAGCAGGAAAUAUUCCUUGAUCCAGGAUCAGGCUCUAGAGUUGACUCGUCUGCAGCAGAAGAUGAAGAUUGGGAGAGCAGUCUCUUCCCUUCUCAUCCAGCAUGUCAGGAACACAGUAAAGACCUUUGAGGAGCUACUCAGCAACAACAGCAUGGACCACUACAUGGAGCAGCACUUCCGAGAGCAGCUGGCCAAAGGAAGUCAGUUGGCAGAGAGCCUUGCCAGCAAACUUAGCACUGAUGACCGUACAAGUAAGAAGACUCAAGCAGGACAGGUAUCUCAGACUCUCAGUAUCUUAAGGGAGAUACAGAAGAAGCGUAGAAUGAUGGAAGUCCUAGCAACCAAGGAGGGUGUCCGUUCCCAGACUCAGUCCCAGAGCCAAGCUAGAGGCCUUACCCAGCCUGCUGCCCAUCAUUCCCUCAGCAACGUCUCCCCCCGGCUUAAAGAGCAGGAAGUACAUCCUGCAGUGAAUGUAGCCAAUGUCAGCCCUGCCACUUCUGCUGGUUCAGCUGCAUUGCCCAACAACCAUUCAGGAACCAGAUCAGCUCAGCUGAAUAAGACACCAGAACCUGGACAACAUGGCAGCAGUGGCCCAUGGGAAGAGAUGAGGCCUCAGAAAAUGAAUGCAUCUGGGGACCUAGCCUCCUUCUCCUCAUUGUACCGACCAGGUUCCAAAUCCUCUGGGGCUGACCUGCUGGAAAAGAAUCUUAUUGAGAUCCAGAACCUACGCCUGCGACUGGAGGAAUCUGUCUAUAUCAAUGACCGCCUGAGGGAGAGGCUGGAACAUGUACUCAGCAAUACUGACCAGGGGAAAAGUACUGUGGUCUCAGAUGGCUCCCUUCCAAACCCUGGUUCACAAACUCAGACUUACUCUUCUGGCUCUGACCAGUACAUCCUGUGACAUGAUGCCUGGAGGAGCUAGAAGAAUCCUCUUCAGAAUUUUUCCUGCCCUAUCCAACUUGGGUGUGGA